UUAAAGACAAGCGCUUAUAAAAAUUGGGCAUUCUAAAACUUCCAUAAAAUUUUGAUAGAAGAUAUUAAACAUUAAUGCUAAUUUAAGUUGAACUAAAAACAGACACGUCCUUAUGGUUAUCAGCUGCCUAAGUUUGCCUAAAGUCAUUUAAGUUGAUGUUAUCUGUUAAAUCUUUCAAGGAAAAAUGCUUGGCUUUGUCUAAUGUGAGUAAUGUUAAGCUCUAGAGUCAGAUCAGUUAAAGCUCAAGGGGCCAGAAGCAACUUGGCCUGGAAUGUUUGAGUGCUCCACAAAUAAAGAAGGGUAUCUCAGCAUAACCUGUGACUUCACUGUAAACAGCCCUAACAAACAGACAACAACCCAGCUCACCUUAGCGUCAGGGUAGCUGGUACAAGUCCACACCCUAAGCCCUAUUUUCACAUUAUCAAAGUAAAUGUGGCGUGGGAUGCAUCCUUCCUACUCUAAAAGAUUAUCCCAGAAAUAGUCGUAAAAGAUUUCUCUGAGCUCUGCCGUCUGAUUGUGACGACAACUUGAAACUUUUAGAUCCCACAUCUGUUGCAGUUGCAGCUGCAUUCAUCCUGCCAGUUCCUGGACUUGUCGGUUGAAUGCAGAAUGAAGUAUCUAAGUUAGCUUGUGCAUAUAGUAAGACAAAUUUGACUGCUUCCAUAUUAUCUGAACGCAUUCGAGGAUUGGGGUAAGUGCGAAUUGCAGUACUCCAGUAUCGUGUUACUAUAGACUAUCUGAUAUUAAAAGAACUUACAGGGUGUGAACAGUUUCCAGGAAUGUGUUGUUUUAAUUUGCCUGAUUUUUCUCAAACUAUUCAAAAUCAUUUAGACAAUAUUCAUUAUUUUAUUAAUAAGUUUUCACAAAUGCCUGGGUUAUCUAACUGGUUUUCUUGGUUUCAUUGGAUAUGGUUGGUAAUUGUAGUUCUGCUUUUGUUAUGUAUCUGUAUUCCUGUUCUGUUAAUGUGUGUACGUAAUUUAAUUAGUAGUUUGUUAAAACCUAUACAUGGUUACAUUACUCUACAAGAAGUUAUGUCAAAGAAAUAAUCUCAUAUUUUCUUCCUUUGCUACUUCCAUAGCUUUUCUUUUUCCUUCCUAAAUACAGCCCUUUAUUAGAAUUUGUGCCUCAUACUUAAAAUUACCGUGUAUCAUAAUCCUUCCAGCUGGUAAAGAUACCUCAAGACAAGUGCUGGGCAUAGAAGCCAUGGGGCAUAAAUCUGUAAAGAAGUAAAAAGCUAACCUUUUCAAAGAAUAUUGCUUCUCACUUACCAACUUUACACCUCUCUGUAUAGCCCUGGAAGAUGGCUGGUUAGCUGGAGACGGGUAAGAUUCCUCAAGGGAGGAACAACCUAAGACAGGCACAUUCAGUCGCAGAGGGGCCAUCAGGUGAGAAAAUGGGGGCCAACAGAGGUGAGGCUUAGAACCUCACCCCCCGCAGCUUUGAGAGAAAUCUCCUGCACCCAUGGCUGUUUUGUCGCCCUUGUCUAGCUCAGAUCAAUACCUAGUCUAUAGGCACAGACCUGACCACCUACACUUGCCUUCCUACUGCACUCAACUCUACUUUCCAUCUUUAUUUUACAUCACGAGAUUUAAAAGAUAGAUGGUCUUUUAUGAAAAGAUAAACUGUGUCAAAAACCUUUCUAUUAGAAACUGUAAUCUUUAUUAUGCCUACCUACUACUUAAACAUUUUAUUAAAAAAAUAAGGGGAAAUGUGGGAUUAAUAUAUAAAUCAAGUAUAGAAAUCAAAUGUAUAAUCAUAUAUGACUUCAUUAUUUUUCCUGUAAUUUCUGAUACAUGAUCAAGAACAAAACAAACAAGACCAGAACAGUUUCUGUGACCUAAUUGCCCUUGCUGUUGUUUCAAUACCACAUAAGACGUCACACCCCAGGAGACUGGAGACUGCCGAGGAUUAAGUUUAGAGUUAAUGAUUGUGUAUUAAGUCCCCCACACAGAAUUCUAAUGUUAGCAUUUAUUUGCUCAAUAAAUAUGAACGGUGCCCUCUCAGCACCACUCUUGUGUUAUUAAGCCUCGAGUCCCCUGGCUGGUCCUUUGAGAUCUUCCAUAUCUCAUCGUGUCUCCUCCCUUAUCUGUGGGUCAGAAGCAGGGAGGGACCGACAAAGACAGGCUCCACAGCUAGUCUUUUAAAAAUGGCUUGAGAAAGCAAGAAAUUGUCAGAUUGUUUUCUAGAGUGACUUUGCCAUUUUGCAUUCCAGCUAGUAAUGUAUAAGUGAUAUCGUUUAUCUGCAUCCUCAACAGCAUUUAGUGGUGUCACUUUUUUAUUUUAGCUAUUCUGAUAGGUGUGUAGUGAUAACUAAUUGUGGUUUUAAUUUGCAUUUCCCUGAUGACUAAUCAUGUUGAGUAUCUUUUCAUGUAUUUAUUUAUCUGUAUGUCCUCUUUGGUGAAAUGUAUCUUUAUGUCUUUUGCCCAUUUUUCUUAUAAGAUUAUUUGCUUUUUUCCUACUGUUGAGUUUUGAGAGUUUUUUUUAUAUAAUUAGAUACUAGUUCUUUUUGAGAUAUGUGGUUGGUAAAUAUUUUCUUCUAGUCUGUAGCUUGUUUUCUUAUUCUCUCAGCAGGGGUCUUUCCAGAGCAGAAGUUUUUAAUUUUGAUGAGGUCUAGUUUACUGGUUUUUCCUUUUAUGGAUCAUAUUUUCAGUAUUGAUUUUAAGGGUUCUUUGGCCCUAGAUCCUAAAGAUUUUCAUCUGUGCAUUUUUUUCUGGAAGUUGUAUAGUUUUAUAUUUAAGUCCAUGAUUCAUUUUGAAUUGAUUUUAGUAUAAGAUGUAAAGUUUAAGUCGAGUUUCAUCAUUUUGCCUGUGGAUGUCCAGUUGCUUCAGUAGCAAUUAUUGAGAAGACUAUCCUUCCUCCUUUGAAUUGUUUUUUACACCAAAAAUCACUUCGGCAAACCUGCAGGGGUGGAUUCCUUUGCACAGGCUUCUUCCCCAGGUGUGAAGAAACAAACAUUCUUUGAGAGGCUGAAAUGUUCCCUAGGUAGUUUUUUUUUUAAUCCUCACAACCACCCCCCAUUUUAUACAGUGAGGCCACAGAGAUUUCAAGAGGUUAAAAUGGUGUGUCCAGGUCGUAUAGUUAAUAAUUCAGAAGCUGGAUUUGAGCCCAGGUCUGCCCGCAUGUUCUCUACUCUCUCCACUUUAGCCUGCUGUCUCCUGAAAGUGGAGACCCCUUAGCCUCUAAUUAUGAUUAAUUUUAAUUUAAAAUGAAUUUCUUAUAAAAAGAAAUAGAGCUGAGUAGAAAGCUGGAUUACUAGCUUACAAAUUAUAGUUCUUAACCCUUUGGUGGAUCACAAAAUCAUUUAGGGGAUUCCCCGUUAGCAUUUGUUUUGUUUUUGAAUACUUGAGAUAUUUUCAAAUAUUUACUAUUAGUAAAAUCACAUUUGAUAUUAUAUCAGUUGUUGCAUUUGUGUUGGUCUAUUUCAGGUUUUUCAUGUCUGUCUUCCUCCACCAAUACCACAGAGUCUUGACUUCUGUAGCUGUAAGUCUUGAACAGACUGAUUCCUCAUAUUCUUAUUUUUCGAAGUUGUUUAGGCUAUUGUAAUUUCUUUGCCUUUCCACAUAAACUUUAGAAUAAUCUUGUCUAUAUCUGCAAAAAAUCUUGCUGAGAUUUUGAUAGGAAUAGCACCAAACCUGUGUGUGUCUAUUUGGGGAGAAUUAACAUCUUUACUAUCUUGAAUCUACCAAUAUGUGAAUAUGGUAGGUCUAUCCAUUUAUUUAGAUCUUUUUUGAUUUCUUCCACUAGCCAUUUGUAGUUUUUAGCAUAUAAACCCCUACCUUUUACUGUAUUCUGGGAUAUUUUCUUAGUUUACCUGAAUAUAUGACAAUCUAGCCCUGCUUUCCUUGAUACUGGCAGACACCACUGUGCAAAUGUUCAUGCAUCCAUAGAUAAUCGCAAAUUACAGGAUCUGGCUGUGCCACCAUUUUCACAUCUCUCCUGAACAGUAAUAUUGGUUAUUUCAAUCUCUUGCCAGUGACAUCCGAUGUCCCAGAAAGUGGCAUUGUCCACUACAAUGCUGAAAAGAUACUCCUGACUUCCCAGCAGCGACAGCCUGUGUAAGACUUUGUCACAUUCAACUGGGUAGAUCCUGAAUAGGCGUGAUGCCUCCAGGCAGGUGGGAUGCUGUCCGUCCAGCUAAGGCCCAGGCUUCAAGGGAGCGAGGGCAUCUUCUUCAGAUGGUAAAGAAAGAAGAAGAUGAUGAAGGCUAUACUUCAGUGCAGGCUGCCAGGCCACAGACACUCAACCGUCCUGGCCAGGAGCUGUUCCGCCAGCUUUUCAGACAGCUUCGCUACUAUGAAUCUUCUGGGCCCCUAGAGACCCUGAGCCGUCUCCGGGAGCUCUGCCGCUGGUGGCUGAGGCCUGAUGUUCUUUCCAAGGCCCAGAUCCUGGAGCUGCUGGUCCUGGAACAGUUCUUAAGCAUACUACCUGGGGAGCUCCGGACCUGGGUGCAGCUGCAUCACCCUGAGAGCAGUGGGGAAGCUGUGGCCCUGUUGGAAGAGCUGCAGGAAGACCUUGAUGGAAAGCCAUGGAGGGACCCAGCCCCUGCCCAGAGCCCAGAUGUGCAUUGGAUGGGUACAGGAGCCCUGCAAGCCGCACAGAUAUGGCCCGCUGCUUCACAUCUCAGGAGCAGCUCUGCUCUGGGGGACCACCUGGAGCCUCCCAAUGAAACAGGAGUGCGUGACUUCCUCGCUGGGCAAUCCGAUCUUACUGCUGCACAGGCACUUGCCCUCUCCCAGAGAGACGGGUGCCCAGGAGACCAAGUGACAGCCCAGCCUCAGGAGGCUAUGACUUUCAAGGACGUGGAGGUGACCUUCUCCCAGGAUGAGUGGGGAUGGCUGGACCCUGCUCAGAGAAACCUGUAUAAGGAUGUGAUGCUGGAGAAUUAUGGGAACAUGACUUCUCUGGUAGGGCCAUUCACCAAACCUGCUCUGAUUUCCUGGUUGGAGGCAAGGGAGCCAUGGGGCCUGAAUGUUCAGGGAGCUCAACCUAAGGGGAAUCCAGGUGCUGCCUCUGCAGGAGGUGAGCUCCAGAUUAAAACAAAGAAGUUCAUCUUAAAACAUGAACCUUUGGAAGAAGACAAAACUUUAGCUAUGCCACCAGGGUGCUGUGGAACAAGUGUUUCUAAGGGAUCAGGGCUUAGAGACUCUUUUGAACAGAAGAGCAGGUUAAAGGAGCAAUGUGGAAGCCCUGGGCAAGUGAGAAUUAAGAAAGAAGAGACCAAUUUCAGUCAAAGGACAGGAAAAGAGUCUGAAGAAUCAGGAAAAAGUAGUAGUCUUAAUCUAAAGCAUAUUACAUAUUUGAAAGUUCCCAGAAGAAAGCAAUCACUUAAACAUGGCUGUGGCAGGCACUUCAGAGGGAAUUCAUACCAUUAUGACUACAAGGAAUAUGGGAAAGGGCUCAGACGCGUGGUUGGUGGGUUUAAUCUACAUCAGCGAAUUCAUGCUGGACUAAAAGGGAAUACAAAGGAUGUGCGUGGGAAAGACUUCAGCCUUAGCUCUCAUCCCCAGCAUGGGCAGAAUCUUCACACAGUGGGGACAUCAUAUAAGUGCAGUGACUGUGGGAGGACCUUCAGUCAUAGCUCCCAUCUUGCAUGUCAUCAGAGACUUCAUACUCAAGAGAAACCAUUUAAAUGUAGGGUGUGUGGGAAAGCCUUCAGGUGGAGCUCAAACUGUGUGCGACAUGAGAAAAUUCACACUGGAGUGAAACCUUAUAAGUGCAGUUUAUGUGACAAAGCUUUCCAGCGCAAGUCUGCCUACCGUCUGCACCAGGAAACCCAUGUCAAGCAGCAGUUUCUUGAGUCUAAUCAGUGUGAGGAAGCUCUUACCUGUGGCUCAGGUUUUGAUGAUAAUUUGAGAGACCCAAGUGGGGAGAAACCCUUUGACUGCAGCCAGUGUAGGAAAUCCUUCCAUUGUAAAUCAUAUGUACUUGAGCAUCAAAGGAUUCACACUGAAGAAAAACCCUAUAAAUGUACCAAAUGUAGGAAAACCUUUAGGUGGAGAUCAAACUUUACCCGUCAUCUGAGAAUGCAUCAGGAAGAAAUAUUCUAUGAUCAAGACAAAUGUAAAGAAGACUUCAGGCAGACCUCCAACUGCAGUGAGCUCCAGACUGCCCCCACUGUGGAGAAUGCUUUUCUGUGUCAGCCUUGUGGGAAAAGUUUUACUCAAAAGAAAUCUCUUAUUUAUCAUCAGAGAACUCACACAGGUGAGAAACCAUACCGAUGUAGUGACUGUAUGAAGGAGUUUACUCAUCGGUCGGCCUUUAUUGCUCAUAAGAAGCAGCAUGUCAGUAAGAGAAAACCUGAGGAUGAGCCAUCUUUUAGUCAGGACAGAAUGUUCCAAGUUCCUCAGAGCAGUCAUCAUGGCAUGGAGGAAGACUACAAAUGUAGCCAGUGUGGCAGAGCCUUCCGUAAUCAUUCGUUUCUCCUCAUCCAUCAGAGAAUUCACACCAGAGAGAAGCCUUAUAAGUGCAGGGAGUGUGGGAAAGCUUUCAGAUGGAGUUCAAAUCUCUCUCGACAUCAGAGAAUUCACUCUUUCAAGAAACGGUAUGAGUGCCAUGAAAGUGGGAGCACUGAAAAUCUGCAGCCACAAAUUCUCUCUGGUGAAAAACCAUUUUGGUGCCAAGAAUGUGGGAAAACCUUCACACGUAAAAGAAGUCUUUUAGAUCACAAGGGAAUACACAGUGGAGAGAAGCGCUAUAAAUGUAAUCUUUGUGGGAAAUCUUAUGAUAGAAAUUAUCGCCUUGUUAAUCAUCAGAGAAUACACACUAAAGAGAGACCUUUUAAAUGUCAGUGGUGUGGGAAGGAUUUCAUCGGAAGGCAUACCCUCUGCGUUCAUCAGAGAAAACACGCCAGGGUGGCACAGUCCGAAUGCAGCCUGACUGGGUUGUCUUCAUGCCAGGACACAGGGGUGAGUUUACAGGAAUUAAAACCAAGUGGGGAGAAGCCCCUUGAAGACUGUGAGGAAGGUUGUGACCAGAGCUCCAGGCUCACUGGACUCCAGAAAAAGUGCCACAAAUGUAGCACAUGUGGGAAAACUUUUAACAAGAGUUCACAGCUCAUUAGCCACAAGAGAUUUCAUACUCGAGAGAGGCCCUUCAAAUGCAGAGAGUGUGGGAAGACCUUCAGGUGGUCUUCAAAUUUGGCUCGGCAUAUGAAGAACCAUAUUAAAGAGUAGCUUGGGGUCUGACUGGAGGGAGAGGGGUUCCUAGCUACCUGCUAGAGAACCCUUAAUUGAGGAAAACCUUUACAAAGGGCCCAGCCCCUUUUUUGGAAGCUAAUGGCAGAGAAUCUUGAGGAUUUUAAAACUCACGGUAUCUCCCAUCCUACCUGCUGGGAAAGUGCAGGAACAUGUCCUCUGGGACCCUUCUGGAGGCUCAGGCCCCAGGAGUAGCCUUUUCACAGUGGCCUGGAGCUGCCCCAACCAAGUCUCCUUCCAUAAUUCUAAAGAGAGAGAUCAUUGCCCUUUGUGGUUUGACAAAAUGUUUGGUAUAGUAGGCUGUGACUGCUGGGAAGGGGCCAGUUGGAUCUUAAGUUUCCAUUUGAGUUAGGCCUGUGAUUGUGCAUAUUCUAUUUGACCUUACAAGCAGCAGCAAGAACUCUUAGUCUCACCAGAUGUCUCCUGGGGGCUCUUGGCGAAGGCUUCAGUCUUCACAGAUGGCUCUGGACAUCUGUAAUGGGCACAGAGUUAUCUCAGCAGCAAGUGGAGGAGAGCAGGCCACUGGGUUCAGUCACCUGGAGGAUGGAGCUCUCCCGGUCGCUGUCACCAUCUUUCUCCCACAGGUCUGUGUGGCAGCAGCAGUCCAUCUAUUAAACAGAAAUGUGCUAAGCACCUCUCAUAUGCCAGGGUCUGUUGUGUGUGCCAGAGACCCAACAGUGACUGGAUUAGACAAAAAAUCUGCCUUCUGAGGAUCUUUACAGACAAUAAACAAAUAAGGUAUAUAGUAUUUUGGAUGGUUAUGUAUGUUGUAGACAAAAUGACUCAGAGUGAAACGGAGUGCUGGAUUGGGAGGUGGCUUGUGAUCUUAAAUAUGCUGGUUAGUGAGCGCCUCAACUGAGAAGGUGAAAUUUGAGCAAAGACCUGAAGAUCAGGGAGUGAUCCCUAUAGGUCCUAGGGACAAGGAGGUGGGGUCUUGCCUAGCUUCUUCAGGAAAUGGAAAGGAGGCCCCUAGUCCAGAGCAGAGUGAGCCAGUAGAAGAGAGGGUCCCUGAGGUGGUGGGCCAGGUCAUGUGAGCAGCGUGGGUCCCUUCUAGUGUUGGGGCUGCCUCAGAGGUGGUAGGGAGCUUUUGGACAGUUCUGAGAUGAAUUUGAAUUACAUUUUAUAAGGAUUAACCAUAGAACCAAGGGCUCAGCCAAAUUAUAUAGCUGAAAGAUUUUUAUGUAGUUAUCCCUGCUACCAAUUCCCAUGAAUGGGACUCCCCACUCCCUACCAAUGUCUGAAUUUUCUAUAAGACCUCCAGCUCUCAACAGAUGUAAAUGCUUAAUUAUUGCACUUGCAUCUCUAGCUUCUGCACACUGCAGGCUCCCCCUCACCCUCAUAGCCUCUAUGUGUUGGAUCUGGUACUGGCAUCAAAGUCAAUCCAAACAUACCAGUUCAUGUGUCUGAUGCUCUCAGGAGAAAGGUAUCUUGGUGGGGGAGGCAUUGCCUUCUCACUUUCCCACCCACCUGUGUUGAAGCAAAAAGCAAGAAUCAGUUCAUUGACAAAAUAAAGGAGUGAUGUUUCUAAAACUCAUGUAAGUAAUCAUUGCUUUUGAUCCUUGAAGUGCUCAGAUUAUAAAAAGAAAAUGUUUCACCCAAUAGUAAAGCAACAUCUCAAACUACAUUUUCCUUCUGCGAGUAGGGGCACACUCAUGGAGCAGGAUGUUUCUUGUAAUGAAAAGAGACCAACCUGGAGGUGAAAACAGAGGGUGUGAUUCUGUGUGGUCCUGUCUCAUGGGAUGUGCAGGGGGUGGGGAAGAGAGAUGCCGGGCAGGGAUCAGAGACCCACAUGCUGAGGACCCAGAGUCAUGGGAAGGACCUUGGAGUUGUCAGGUUUGGGUCGCAGACUUGGUGUGCCUUUUCUCGGCAGAAUGAAUUUAGGCAAGUGACUGAACAUCUGUAUCUAUUUCCUGUGUAAAAGUAGAGAAAAUGGCUGUGCUACCUGACUUCUGGGAUUGGUGAAUGAGGGCAUGGUUUACAAAGGCUGUGGGUUAGGUGGUUGAGCACUUGGACCAGAGUCUUCACAGAGCUGCAGCUCCCACAUCUUCAAUGCCACAACCAUAGACGUACCCCUUUUCUGUCCAUAUUUUCAUUCCCUGCUCCUUCUGCUACCUGGCACCUCACAGUGUUCCUGCCCCAAAAGGGGUAUUUUUACUGCCAUUUUUAUAAAAUGAGAUAAAAUUAUUUCAAAACAUUCAAAUCAGAUUUAAAAAUGUACAAAGAAUAAAGUAAAAAUAAGAAAUUUCCUCUAUAAUGAGAUAAGGCAUUAAUAUUUUGGGAUUAUACUUAUGCAGUCUGUUCAAUACCUGAGUUGUUAGAUAGUCUUAAUUACAUGAGUAAUGUGGUUAUCACAGAAAUAUUAGUAAAUACUGAUUGGGAAGAGGAGAAGUCUUACUACUUGGAGCUAACUACAAAACAGUGUAAUCAGUGCUGGCUCUAACUUCACCGCCCUUCCCUGUGUGCCCUGCCUGAGCCAUCUUCCUUCACAGGGAGCACCACACUGCUUUGUGCUGGCUCAGUCCUCACUCACCAGGGCCCAGCCUUCCCUGACCCUCAUCCCUCUAAGAUUCUCCCCUGACCCCACCACUCUGGCACUUGUAUCUUACUCUGUUAGGUGGUGUCUGGGUUUCCAAAGGAUUGAGCAUUCUGAAGGACCAGGGUUGGGUGCUUUUUUAUUCAUUUGCCAUGCAGAGAUUUUUUACAAAGUUGCCUCUGUUAAGAAAUAUAAAACUGAAUUUAGUUCAGCUAAGUCAGGAUUGGAGUUUUUGAAUAGGCCCUGAGUGAAAUGUUGACUGGAGGCCCCCCAUUAAGCUUAUUCCUGCUAGUUAGAAACCCGGCUAUUUGUGGUUCAAAGCCAUAUGGUUCCUGUUGACAGAUUCAGAUUGCUCCAGCCACCAGUUCUCAUUUCCUACCCGAUCCUGGCCUGGAGAAUAUACAGCCUUCUUCCAACCCUGCUCUAAUUUCUCUCUGCCUAGAAGGAACUGAAGUUGGAACUGGGGAGAGCCAGAUGGGUUGGUAUCCCAGAGAGGAGUGGGUAUUAGAAGUGCUUGAGUCAGUUGUUGAGUGUGGUUGGCCCACCCUUGUGAACAGACUGUCAGCCCAGACAGAGGCAUGUGCAGAGUAGAAAGCAUAGGAAAAGUAAAUAUAGACCAUCUCAUACACCAAGUGGCAAAGUUUUAAAAACUCUAGCAUGGGUGAGCAUGUAGAUUGGUGGGAACUCACUGCUAUGGGAGUGGAAAUUAGCUCCCACAACUCCUGUGUCAAUCAAUUUGCAAAAUCUUCUAAAGUUGUGUAUACUCAACCACCCAGCAAUUCUGCUCCUGGGAAAACCCUUGAAGAACUCAUGUGAAGAAGGAAAUGUGUAUAAGACUUAAUUGUAGUACUGUUUGUUCACUGCAGCAUUGUGUGGGUAGCAAGAUUGGGAAAGCCUAAAUUUCAUCAGCAGAGAAAGAGGUAAAUAAAUGGGUUGUUUUUGGUACUUCAUGAAGUGAAUAUGAACUAGAGUUAUGUCUUCCAACAUAGAUUAGUGAUGCUGAGAAAGAGGCAGACAGUACAUUCAAUAUACCAUUUACAUAAAUUUAGGUGUACCAUGUUAUCUGUGGGCACAUUAUUUAAACUUAUUUGUAUUUCACUUUUUCUGUAAAAUGGGACAACAGUGUCAACCUAACAGGGUUAUUGCGGGUGGGGGGAUGGUUAAUAAUGCAUGUAAAGUGCUUAGAAUAGUGGCUGGUAUGUAAGCAUUGUUGGUAUAUAGUAAACAGUGUUGUGUUGUUUUGCACAAUAUAUUUCCUGUGGGUUCAAAUUGUAUGAAGCAAGAGUAUAAAAUGUAUUGGAGUGAUGUGGGAAAUUUAUGCUCUGCCUUCCCAGGGCAGGAGUUGUUGAUGGAAUCAGGGAGGGUACAUGGAGGCUUCAGUUGUGUUUUCUUUGCUUUAAAGAAGUUGAUGUAGAUAGCCCAGCAUGUUGAUUUAACAGGAUAGUGUGGUGAGUUCUUUAAAAAAAUUUUUUUAAUCUGUUUGCUUAAAAUAUUUAAAAAUAAAAAUAUUUUUAAGCAUGGGCUCUGACACCUGCCACUUAUGUGAUAUUCCUUAGAGUGAGCCACGUAAUCUCUCAAGGCUUGUUUCCUUACUUGCAAAAAUUGGGAGCAACCGAAAUGGCUGUUAGUAGAAUGGUCAAACUGGUCUGAUGCAUCUACAGUGGAAUACCCAUGCAACAGUUAAAAAGAAUGAGGAUGUUCUCCAUGUAUUGAUAGGUGAUCUCCAAGACAUUCAGUUUAUAGGAAAUGAUGAGCUCUAUUUCAAUUCCUCUUUACCUUAAAGUAACAAACCAGAAGCUAUAGACGCACGUUUAAGAAACAGGAUCCUGUGGCUGCAGAUGUGCAGUCAGCCAUUCCAUUUUAUUAGGUGGGAGAGGAGAGGUGGGCACAUGGCUACAUACUAACCACCACACCUUUGAAGUUAAUACUAACCCUGCUAAGAACAGCAAAGAGGUUUUGUAUCAGCCAGGUUAUAAUCAGGAGCCCGAAACCAUACAAUUAUUUUAAUAGGCACUUAUAAAGAAGUGUUUACUACAUAUAUCUAAGGAACAAAAAAAGGCAAGAAAAUGCCAAGGUAUCAUGGAGGCAGUAACUUCGAGAAGCACCUCAGGACUGGUGGAAUUGUAAUAGAGUCUGACCCCAUUUUUGAUAUUUGACCACUGAUAGCUUUCAAAUCCUCUCUCCAUUUUGCCUCACAUCUGGGCAGACAAGCAAGAAUGUGUAGCUAAUACUCAAGGUCCUAAUCUCUUUGUUGGCUUACAAGCAAGGGUUGUUAAAGGCAGAAUUAUGAGAAAGGGUUGCAGGGUGCAUGACCAGCUUGGGUAUGGUCCUCAGACUGAUCAGUGGUGAAGUGAUGGAAUUAUAUCAAGAAUUUUAGUUACCAGUUUUCUGGCUCCGCCUAGGCUGGGUCUACUGCUUGUGGUCAACAGAUGGCUCAUCUGAUGGUGGUCUAAGUUCCUGCAAAACAUCUCAAGGAUACAUGACUCCAGCGUUUAUGGCCUUGUGGAAAGAACUACGAGUCCUAUGUCUGUUUAGUUUGCUUUACCUUGGUUUGCAAACUCCCGUUUUCCCUAGUCUCUAACUACCCAGUUUAAUUCCCACACUCUGGGUCAUUGAGACCCUUGGGCUUUUGUUUGUUAAUGAGAGAUCUGAGGGGUUUCACCAAGAGGUGUCCUUGAUCAGUUUCACUAGUGUCUGAACUCUGAAGAAGGAUCCUGUGUUGGCAAACUGCAAGCUGGAUUCAACUGCUGCUCCCAGAGGGAAUUGUCACCACGGGGGUGAAGAAGCAGUGGAAACAGGAAACAACAAAUUCCCUCUUCCUCCCUGCAUUAGGAUUCUUCACAGAGAACCAGAAGGAUGUGUGUAUACAUAAGGAAAAAAAUUAUGUGGAAUUGAUUGAUGUGGUUAUGGAGGCUAGCAAGUCAAAAAUCUGCAGGGUGGCCGAGCAGGCUAGAGACCCAGGAGAGCUCAUGUCCCCGAUCCAGUCUGAAGGUUGUCUGCUGGGGGAUUCUUUCUUGCCUGGGGGAUGCCAGUCUUCUGUGCAGAUCUCAGUUGAUCCGAUUAAGCCCACCCACAUUACGGAUAAUAAUAUGUUUUCCUCAAAAUCCACCAAUUUAAAUGUUAAUCUCAUCCAAAAACACUGUCCCAGAAACACCCAGAAUAAUGUCUGAUUAAAUACCUGGGCAUCCUGUGGCCCAACCAAGUUGACACACAAAAUUUAUUAUCACAUUCCUCCAACACAGCAGCUUUGCUCUUAAAUUUCUUAAUGGCCAAACCUAAUGGAACCAGCUGGCAAAGCGGAGAGUAGACUGGAGAGUUCCAACCCCAUCAUUUCAAAGUAUCUAUAGAAGGGUGAGUUUGAAGCAGAAAAUAAGCUAAUAACUGGCACAGCUUUCCUGAAUUAUUUAUCUUAAAAAUUACUAAGAUGUUUGACACCAAGAAUAUUUGUUAAGGAAAUUAUGAGUGUUAUGUUGUGGAAAAACAUGUCACAUAGGUGUAAAUUUAUGUCAUAAGCAGUGGAUUUUACUCAUGGGUUUUGUAAUAAUUAGCUGUUGACAAUUACCUUACCCAUCUUGUAAUGAACUAAAAUUUAAUAAAGGCUCCAAGAAGAGUGUCUCAAAA